AUGCGCACGCAUAUUGCAGAGAUCCUUGCCGGCUGCCAAUCAAAAGUUGCCAUAGGGAAUGUGGGCUCAUGGGAUAGUGGCGUUGACCUCCAAGGAAUUAUCCCUAACAAGCUUCAGACCGCCGCACCGGUUGCACUCGAUGGACUCGAUGCUUUUCCAUGGUUGUCGAUUCCGCUUGACCUUCCCCUCUUGUCACCUGAGCCGUUAGCAUUCCAUACCCAGCCCUUGGACCAAGAGGACAGUCCGCUUUGUCAAGAAUAUGUCGAAGUCGCUAGCACCCUGCCAGAGAUGGCAGAUCCUUCUGUCGACCAAUUUUUCCUAGACUCAUUGCUCUCCACCACCCCCAAUUCCGUCAAUGGUGGCCUCGAUGCACAGCCAUUCUACAAAUUCGUACCCCAGGAUGGCACGUGCUCAGGAGGGGGAGACCUUAUCUGGCCCAGUCAGCCAGCCACCACCAACAACUGUGUUUCCCCGUCAUGCAGUACGACGAGGGGAAAGGUGAAGUGCACGUGGUCGGGAUGUUGGAGUGUGGUCAAGAAGGAUAACUACGCUCGCCAUGUGAACGAGAUUCAUCUGCGACAGUUUAGGGCUGUCUGCGCUAGUUGCGGUAAGGCGUUCCAGAGACCGUAUAUGAAGAAGAAACAUAACUUGUCCUAG